AUGGCCGUUGCUGUUGAGUCUAAUGAAUUAAAUAUGGAUAUUUGUGUAGAAAAAGUCAAUGAAUUGAAUAAGAAUGUUUGCGUAAAAGAAGUUGAUCAAUUGACUGAUGCUAUUGAGCCUAAUGAAUUGAAUAAGGAUGUUGGUGUCAGUGUAGAAGUCAAUGAAACGACCGUUGCUGUUGAAUCUAAUGAAUUGAAUAAGGAUGUUGAUGUAGAAGUUAAUGAAGUGGCUGAUGCUAUUAAAGUUAAUGGAAUGGCUGAUGCUAAUGAAUUGAAUAAGGAUGUUUGCAUAGAAGUUAAUGAAUUGAUUGGCGCUGUUGAGACUCACGAAUUAAAUAAAGAUAUUACCACCAACGUUAUCAGAUCAUCAACAAUAACAUCAAAUCAAUCACAAAUUAAAAAAUUUACCGCGGAAGAUUAUUUAAGAGAUUUGGGUGAACAAGAAAAGAAGCUGGAAAUUGAAAUCGAAAAAUUAUUGAAUAUUGCAAAAAAAGAAAUAAUGCAAGUUCAAAUCACUCCACAUGCUACAUACGAGUUUUGUGUAAUUUUUAUUUUUUACAUUAAUAUUAAUAUUGCUAAUUCGAUAGUUACUUCUGAACAGAUUAUUAGACGAAAACAUUCUGAAUAUUAUGCUAAAAGAGAAACUGAAGCAUCUGAUGAUUGCUUGUCAUUAAAAAAUAGUGCUGCAACGACUACUACAGCUUUGUGUCUUUUUAUCGCUAAUAUGACAACAGUAGUUAAUAGCCAUAAUAUUGAAUAA